AUGGAUUUCCACCUGGUGCCGAGGGGCACUGACAACAACUAUACGGGCUUCCUGACCAAGACGAUCGUCUACAUCGGCACGCUGGUGCUGUUUCUAGCUUCGUUUGCUUUGACGCUCUCGUCCAUUGUGAUCCCCAGGUGGGUCAGCUAUCAUAGCGAAAAGCCCUCCCACCAUUACUCCUACGGCCUCCAUCAACGCUGCUCCUCGCUCACCGACACUUGUGAGAGCUUCCCGCAGCGCGAAGACUGCCAUGGCGACGACCGGUACUUCUGCUCCAUGUGGCGCUCCGUCGGAUUCCUGAUGUCCUUUGCCGUGGUGCUAGAGGGUAUGAGCAUUGUCGCCUACCUCAUCAUUCUUGGGGGUGGGAAGCGGCUACGUGAAAAUGGGUGGCGGACUCUCAGUCUGCUAAUUACUUUGUCGGCCAUUGUGCAGGCCGCAGGCAUGUCGAUUGUGGCCUAUCUGUUCGACAAUGAGGACCGCUUCUUCGUUGGCUGGCACCUGGACCAGUCCUGGAUCCUUUGCACUGUCAGCUGGUGCUUCAGUCUUAUCUGCGCAGGCGUGAUCGUCAUCGCUGCUCAGAUUUUACCUUCUGAGGGGGGCUAUGAGCUGAUCCCGGACCAUGAUACGCUUAGGGUGGUAUCUUAA